AUGCUGAAGGGCAUGGUUAGUUUGGUUACCGGUGGAGCGUCAGGAUUAGGCAAAGCGACUGUAGAACGUCUAGUUAAGAAUGGAGGCAGAGUUGUAAUUCUUGAUAUCCAAGGUACAAGGGCACAAGAAGUGGCAAAAGAUUUCGGUGAAGAUGUACAAGUUUCCGUCGGUUGUGUGACUUCAGAAGAGGAUGUAAAUAAUGCUCUUAAAAUAGCAAAAUCAAAAUUCGGCAGACUUGAUACGUUAGUGAACUGUGCUGGUUUUGCACAAACCAAUCAAGUUUACAACUUUAACAAAGACCUACCGGGUGGAUUGGAGUACUUCCAGAAAUGUAUUAAUGUAAACACACUUGGUACAUUUAACACAAUAAGAUUGGCCGUCGGAUUAAUGGGUAAGAACAAACCAACUGAGGAUGGUCAAAGAGGUGUUAUAGUUAAUACAGCGGCUACAAUAGCUUAUGAAGGGGAUAUUGGCCAGGCUGGGUAUGCAGCAUCGAUGGCGGCCGUAAUAGGAAUGACAUUACCAUUGGCUAGAGAUCUCGCAUCACAGGGAAUACGAGUUGUUACUAUUGCACCAGGCAUAUUCGAAACCCCUUUGGUAUCAUAUUUGCCGGAGAAAAUGUUAGAAUUCAUCAAACGUAUGACGCCAUUCCCUUCAAGAUUGGGCAAGCCGGAAGAGUUUGCUCAUUUAGUGACCAGCGUUAUAGAAAAUCCUAUGUUGAAUGGUGAAGUUAUAAGAUUAGAUGGAGCGCAGAGAUGGUUCCCGUUAUAA